ACCCUUGCGGCGAAACGUCACUAAGAAAUCCGUGGUGAAGAACUGCCGCUGCACAGUGAUGUUCCUCGUUACACCUGUAGCAGUGGUUUACGAAUGGGUUCCCGCGUCCCCGGAUCGCACUGCAAUUGGGGCUUGCAGUUGCUGUUGUGGCUGGCACUUGCAGACAUACAUCGGACGUUACCAACCCACCCAUCAAGGCGUAAGUCAGGAAUGUCAAUUGCCGACGAGGCGAUCUGCAAACGAAAUACCCUCGGCCGCGAUCAUGGUCAAUUUCUUGUUACAAUACCGUCGUGUCUGUGCAGCAUUUUCCUGCUGAUCCGUAGUAGACUGACGGCCGCUGUCAUGUUGUGUAUGAUGGUAUGUUGUUGACAACAGUCGGCUUGUAGCCCAAACGUUGCGGCCUCGGCCGAAGAGCAGAUCUACACUACGUGAUAACAAUAGAAGCCACGGUAGUCGUCUAGCUAGUUGCAGCAAUGCAUCUUUUCGCGCGGGU